GAAAUGUCAGUCGCCAGUUUGACGUUUACGGGGUGCAACCGUUCGCGUCAAAAACACAAAUAACACAACCAGAAUGUGAAAAAUCGUAAAAACGCGAAACCGUCACGACAGACUUAUCAGUUUAUUGAACUCAAGUGCGAAUUUCCUCUCCACAAGUGCGAGCACAAGCCGCUUCUCAUCGAUUCGUUUUGAAGAUGAGUUUCGAACAUUUGAAAACCUAAUCCCGCCAUCUUCAUGGACCACCACAACCAGCCGCCUCCUCGCGGAGGUCGGACUGUCACUGCCAAAGAUGUGGCUCAAGCCAACGACUACUUCGAGCACUUCCUCAACGCCACCAGUCUCAAGAAUAUCCUAGGAUACUACCGCAGCAUCUGUGAACACCUCAAUCUCAAGCCCAACCAUUUUCCGCUGUUCUAUCCGAAGCUGAAGUCGUAUCUGACCUCGUGGAGGGCCAAGGCUUUGUGGAAGAAGUUCGACGCGAGGGCUGUGCAUAAGUGCUACGGCAAGGGGAAGUUGUGCACGAGUAGCAGGGUUUUGAUCAUCGGGGCGGGACCGUGCGGACUGCGGACGGCUAUCGAGGCGCAGCUUCUUGGAGCUAAAGUGGUGGUUGUCGAGAAGAGGGAUAGGCUGUCACGGCACAAUGUCCUCCACUUGUGGCCUUUCGUGAUCGAGGAUUUGAGGGCUCUUGGUGCUAAGAAGUUUUUUGGGAAGUUCUGCGCGGGUGCUAUAGAUCAUAUUAGUAUUAGACAACUGCAAUGCAUCUUGCUGAAGGUCGUGCUUCUGCUAGGCGUGGAAGUUCACACCGAAGUGAGCUUUGAGAGAUUGGUUGAGCCGGAUCCCAUCGAAAAAACUGGUUGGAAGGCCGAAUUCAAACCGUCCACUCACCCAGUCUCCCAGUUCGAGUUCGACGUAGUCAUAGGCGCCGACGGCAAGCGCAACACCCUCCAGGGCUUCAAACGAAAAGAAUUCCGCGGCAAGCUAGCCAUAGCCAUCACGGCCAACUUCAUCAACAAAAGAACGGAAGCGGAAGCCCGCGUCGAAGAAAUCAGCGGCGUAGCUUUCAUUUUCAACCAGAAGUUCUUCAAAGAAUUGUACGAAGCGACUGGAAUUGAUCUCGAGAAUAUAGUUUAUUAUAAGGACGAAACCCAUUACUUCGUUAUGACAGCUAAAAAACCUAGUCUUAUAGAAAAGGGCGUUAUCAAGCAGGAUCUGGCCGACACGGAACGCCUCCUUUCCCUUGAGAACGUCAACAGGGAAGCGUUGAUGGAUUACGCCAUAGAGGCUGCCAACUUCAGCACGCACUACCAGAUGCCGGAUUUGGAAUUCGCGGUCAACCAUUACGGACAACCCGACGUGGCCAUGUUCGAUUUCACGUCGAUGUACGCCGCUGAGAACGCGUCGAAGGUGUUGGAGAGGAACGGGGAUAAGCUGUUGAUGAUUUUGGUCGGCGAUAGUCUCCUGGAGCCCUUUUGGCCCACCGGGUCGGGUUGCGCCCGCGGCUUCCUGUCGUCUCUGGACGCGGCGUGGGCCAUCAGGAGCUGGUGCUCCGGCACCAUGACCCCUCUCGACGUGCUAGCCGAGCGCGAGUCCAUCUAUCGCCUCCUCGGCCAGACCACGCCCGACAACCUCAACAAAGAGUGGAAGUCGUACACUUUGGAGCCGGCCACCAGGUACCCCAACUUGAACAAGAACAUGGUGAUGCCGCUGCAAACCGUCGGGCUGUUCGACAGCGACGACCCGAAGAGCGUGGAGAAGUUGAGGAGGAAUUCGCUGGAUGUCGCUCCGGUCGAAGUCCCGAAGAAGAGGAGGCGAGGAAACGUGGACAACGAAGUGUUGCUCAGCUGGAUCGGCGAACAAGUUCGCGAACACGGUGAUAUCGAGCUCUCUGAUAUUGCGUCUGUGUUCAAGGACGGGAAGGUGUUGUGCGCCAUUUUGAAUCACUACAGGCCUGAUUUGGUGGAUUAUGGGGCCGUGAAAGGGGAGGGGCCGGCGAAGAUGAACCAAUUAGCGAUUGAUAUUUUUGAGCGGGAAAUAGGUAUUUCACCCAUAAUGACUGGUGAAGAAAUCACAACUACCUCGGAUUACUUAGCAAUGGCGACUUAUUUGACGCAAGUAUACGAUAGUUUCCGCUGCGAAAUACCUCACAUCAAGCAUCCAAAACUGGAGUUACCCGAGACGAAGAAGAGCGAAAUCUCUUUCAAAUCUGUUAAAGUCACUCCGCUUCAGCAACAGCCGCAACCUCCAUCUUAUCAACCUUCGGUUCCUAGACCUUCAAGCAGGCACAAAAGGCACGCGGAGCCCAUCUCCGUCAACAGACAGAGCCUCGAGAGGAAAACGAGGAAGCGAAGGACUCUCGAAAAAAUCGGUGCUAGUGUUGAGGAACGGCAGAAAAUUCUAGAAGAAAUAGCCGCGAAUAGAACAGAGAGACAAAACAAGAGAAGGCAGCAAAGAAGAUUGCAAACUGAACAAUUCGUAAAGAGCAUGCAGAUGCUGCAAGCGAAUGCUAAAUCCGAUUUGCCUUUUGAAGACUAUUCACUUUUUGUCUAUAGACAAACUGCUCCCAAUUUUGAAGACAGAGUCAAAGAUUUAGAGAAAAAGUUCACUUACGUACCCGACUAUGAGAACAAACUACCCAAUCAGACUCGUGGCAACGCCGAUGAAGAUUUUGCUGCUAGAAUUAAAAAUCUUGAAGAUAAGUGGAGGGAUCCUCAGCCUGCUGAGAAGAAACCAAGAGAUCUCUUACGUGCAAUAGGCAAAAUAGAGACUUCAGACUGGAAUAUUAAAGAAAUCGAGAAGAAAAUUCGCGAAAACAAGUUAGGAAAACCUGCCGGUAAGGAUAAAGAGAAGGUGCCAAAAUGGAGCAAGGAGCAGUUUAAGGCGCGGCAGACGAAGAUGGAAAAGCAGCAUUUGGACAGACAAGAUAGCGCCGAAGGUACCAAGUUUGCAGAUAUAGACAAGAGUAUUAAGCAUUUAGAUCUCAAAUUGAAAGAAGGCAAUAGUAGAGAAUUAGGACAAAAUAAAGUAGCUUCCAUUACGGAGAAACUUACAAGUAAAGCUCCAGAGCCUGAGCUUAAGCCCAUCCAGAAAAGCAACUCCCGCCCUGUGAUACUCCCUAGCCAAAACGCCUCCGAAUUCUGCCACUUCUGCGGCAAACGCGUCUACCUGAUGGAGCGCCUGUCCGCCGAGGGCCGCUUCUUCCACCACGGCUGCUUCAAAUGUCAAUACUGCAACACCCAGCUUCGCCUCGGCUCCUACGCUUUCGACAGGGACGGAAUCUACGACCACAAGUUCUUCUGCAUCCACCACUACGGCAUGCAGGGCGAAGUACGGGCCACCAAGGUCGCGCGCAAACCGUCUCAGCGGCAGCCAGGCAAGAGCCCGGAGAAGAAACCCCUGAGCGGAAUCGCCGGCGUCGAUCUGCUCGACAGAGUACAAACACCCGAAAGGAUCGAGUUUGCCAACCUGAGCGGCGUGAAUCCUUCCGACCACGAGGAGUCCCUGAGCCAGAUGGACGAAGACGAGUGGACGGACAAGAACUUCGGCGCUUCGGCGGCGGAGUUGGGAAGCAGCGACGACGAGUCGUCGAGUUUGAGCGACACUGAUAGCGAUGAUGAGGACGCGUACGAAGAGGCGUUGGAGGAACCGGCCACUAAAGAAGGAACUCUGAAGUGGGCGGAGCGAUUUAACCGACGCUACUCGAAGAAGCGCGACGACUCGGACUCAGACGGCUACAGCAGUUCCGAUAGGUCGAGUUACUAUGAGAAUACCAGCGACGAUGACGACAGCGACACCGCCACCGAAGGCGAAGAGGAAAUCCGCGCCCGCGAGCUCCGCCGUCAAGAAGUCCGCGUGGAGCCCCCAGUCGUCCAAACCGACACAGGCACAGACACAGAGGUGAAGUCAUCUAACUUAUCCACAAUUCCGGACAUUCUAUCCGACAAUCACUUGCGCGUCCCCGAGUCGAAAUCGCCCGGUUCGGACGACGAUUCGGCCGAAUUCAGCAGCGCCGUCUCCGGUUGUGAGCCCGAAAUAGACUCCGACGACGCAAAGACUAAAGCCCAAAAUUUCGCCCUCGCGAAAAGCGCGACCGCCGGCGCGUUACCGCCCCCGAAACCCUCCAGAAACUUUAUCCUCCCGCCCAGGGAAAAGCGCAAGAGUUUCGGGGCGGAAUUCGUGCCGAAGUUCCCCGCGAGCGACCCCGAACCGCUCCUAAUAAUCAAACGAACCCCCAGUAAGCUGAACAUGCCCAAGGAGAUAGGUAAGCCGAAGGUCGCCGUCUCGGCCAACUUCGAAAACGCGAAAAAGUACUUCGGGGAGCCGAAGCCAAAGCCGAUCUUGAAACGAUCGGAAACCGUCGCGAGCGUGCCGAGGAACAAGUUCGUCAAGCAGAAGAGUCUGCCGGAGAAGACGAAGGAGGACGAGAAAAAGAGCGAGGUUAGGUUUAAUUUCGAGCCGUUGGAGGAUAGCGGGGAGAUCGAUACGUAUAUUGAGAAUCUCCUGGCGAACGAGGAGGAGUUGAUGAAGCCGAUUGAUCCCGAGAAAUACGCGGUUAAGCCGGAGCCGGAAAGCGAGGAGGAAGAGGAUGACAAGAAAGAAGACGCGAUUUCGAGCAGUAUUGAAGACUUGUUCAAAGCGCUAAAGACUGAGACUAAGCCAGAAGGUGACCCAACUAUCGAUCACAAAAUUGAUGAAAAGAUCGAAGAUCUUCUCAACUGGAUGGACGAUUUAGAGCACCAGUCACGUGAUCGGAAAGCGUAUAGGUCAUUGAGCGACGCUAAAUACAAAAAUUUGGAAAGAUCGUUGAAAGUUCCUCGAAGAGCGGAUUCCGUUGUCAGUAAACUACCAAAAGACAACGUUAAAUAUUUUGAGCGACUUCUCGCUGGGAAAAGUGUCGAUGAAGAAGAACCACCGAAAACCUUCGCUUUGGCCAGGUCUAAGACAGACGUUUAUUGUAAUAAACCGCGCACCUCUGUGGACUUGGAUGCGGUAAGUAAUUUCGAUAUUAAGAAAGUUAUGAUGAAGUUUGAGACCGCGGAACAAGAAAACGACAAAGAAAAAGAGAAAGACAAAGUCGUUCCUAGAAGGAGUUUUGGGAAGAGGUUUUCUUUGGCUGAUUUGAAAAAGAGGGAUAGCCAGAGACGCUACUCUGAGAAUCUAGAGGCUGCAAUCAAAGAUUUUGAAAGUGUUGUUGACAAUAUGGAAGAUCAGGAGAAGCAAGAGAGUAAAGAUUGGUGUGUCAAUAUCACGGUUUCCACUAUACCAAAUCCAGAAUACUUGGGACUGGGAAAUUUCGAUCUAAGUUAUCAGGAUGAAAUGAACAACACAAACUCGUGUGACAAUAUUGUAGAUGUAGACCAAACAGAAGCAAAAAUACAAGACGAAGAAGUCGAAAUUGUAGAUGUAGAACAAGUGGUAUCCGUAAUAGACGAUAAUCAAAAUAGUGUCAAAGAAAACGAUGUUGUAAAUAUUGACUUAGAUCAAUUAUCACCUGACGUUGAUGAUAAUGAGGAAGAAAGUACCGACGCUAGUUCAACAAGCAGCUCAGAGACAGAUUCUGAUGAAGAAUCGGAAAUUGAAGAAACUAUGAAAGUAAUAACAGACGAAAUAGAAUCGAUGAAAGAAAAAAUAGCCUCAGAAAAAGAUAAAAACGAAGUAGAAUUAGUUGCUCAAAACCAAAACCUACUUACUGUUGAUUCUAAUCCCGUAGUUGAUAUAGAAGAGUCGUUAGAUGUAAUAAAAACCCCUUCUAAAGACCCAAGUCCUGAAUAUGCAACAAUCGAAGAGUUGGAGAACCUCCAAAACAACGACCCCCCUAAAGAGGAACCCAAAAAGGUCCUAAACAUUGAAGAUUUAUACGCUAAAGUAAACAAACCCCGUAAAGAGAGGGCCCCAACUCCUCCAUUACGUACUUCGUCGCCUCCAGUACCUCGCCGCAACCGUAAGAAAUCCACAGAGGAGGCUCCUCCUCCUCCUCCUCCGCAAAGACCUCAACGUCAAAAAUCUCACGACCACCCUAAGACCCCCACCGAACCUAAUAACAACGACGAGUUUCUUCCAGUGGCGCCCCAGCGUAAGAGAGCCAAUACUUCUUCUCCUCUGCCUAAACACAAGGCGAUGUUAGCGCCACCAGCGCCUAAACACGAUACUAAAAGCCGUUCGACCACAAAUUUAGAGAUCGUCUCCGACGAGAGCACCUCGGACUCCUCCAGCGAGGUGCGCAACUCCGCCACCGAGAUCUCCACCGACUCGGAGUUCGCCCACGACGACCCCACACCCACGCGCGAGCUGCCCUUCACCUCCUUCAACGACGCCAACGUGACCAAGAGGCGCGGCACCGGCGCCCGGGGCUCCACCCCCUUGCGGAAAAUCCAGGUGACGAGUGGUUACUUGCAGCGCCCCUCCGACAAGGCUAAAGCACCCACCGCCUCACCCCAGCAAGAUAUCGAACUCAAGCUCACACCUCUAGUGCCUUCAGCACCAUCUAUCGUCAGAAAGACCGCACCGAGUUUGCUGCCCCGGACGGAGGGGUAUGCUCUAAAUCGCACUCAGAGCACUGGCGGGAUAGCGGCUAAGGUUUCCUUAGAGUUAAAAAAGAAGUAUUUGUUAGGGGAAAGCGGCCCCGGCUCGAUACAGAAGUCGGGGAGCGCGUCCACGUUGGACACCAAGUUGAGGUCGUUCCACAGCAACAUCACCGACUGUCAGAAGAUGUUAAAACCGGCGCCGGAAGUCAGCGCCGCCAUGCAGACCUUCUGCAACAAACUCACAGAAAGAGCGUCCCCGAUCCUCACACCGCCGUCUCCGAAGAGCUUCGACACGAAGAAAGUCGAAGAAACUGGAGGCGUGGUCAACGAACCCGAAGGCCGGCCGAGGAGCCCCGUUCACGAAACGUCGAUCAUCGUGCCGAAGAUCGAUUGGUCCAAAACUAAGCAGACCGACGAUAGUAUUUCGACGGAUUCGGUGAGCGACGGCGAGGCUCCGAAGACGCCCGAAUUCAACUUCGAGUCGAUUCCAACCGUACGAAUCGACGAGAUCCCGCCGGACUCCUUGUGCAUGGAAGAAGAGAAAAUCGAAGAUAACCGAUCGGUGGCGUCGAGUGAACCCCCGAAGUCCAUCACGAGCGAGAAGAAAACCCUCAACCAACCCAAAGUACUACCCGAAUUGGAGACCAAAGACGUGCUUCCCGAGAUCCACGACGUCUUACACGUCAAGCGGAAAUUGUCGAACGAAGGCGACAAGUCCGGCGAUUCGGAAGCUGAUUCAAUCGCGGAACCGACGGCAGCGCUCACCGAGACGGAGCUGUCCGAUUGGGCCCGAGACGGCGCGGUUUCGGACGACCUCGGUGACGACUUCGACCUCAACCUGGAGACGACUCUCCAGAAGAAAAUCAACUUCGGGGAAAAACCGCGGAUGGCCGAAAUGGAGGAACUCGAGCACGUUUGUGGCAAGGAAGACUUGAACAAAACCAUCAUAACUGAAGCUUUAAAUAGUGUCUUAAGUAAAAAUCUCGAUAUCGAAUUCAUGGACACGGGGACUGAGACUAGUAGUGAUGACGGUGUGGUGGACAGUCAAAACGGGUACGUUCUCUUCAACGACGAAGACGAACUGGCCGAGGAUAGUCUAAACCCGAACGUCAACGACGUCGUGGAAACGAAGAACGAAGCAAUCAAAAACACAGGUUACUGCAUUAUCGACACCCAAGACAACUUCGGUGCUUCAGUUACCGACUUGAAGCCAUCCGAUUUAGAACAACUCAAAGCCAAACAAAGCACGACCGAGCACGACGAAGACAGUUUAUUGAUAGUGGAGGGUACGACGACCGAAGAAAACACGUGCAGCGACUCGACUGUCAAAAAUCUGACCGAAAUAUCGACCGACAAGCGACGGGAAGACCCGAUCGAAAACAACAACUUCCAGAAGAAGCGACUCGAAGAGAAACUCGCCAAGUUGAAAGCCGAACAAGCUUCCAAACAAUCUAGUCACAACAACGUCGACAAUGUGGAAUUCGACGAACACUGUCAACGACUCCAGUCGAAGUUUGAGUUUAGUAACGUGAAAGAUUCGAUAGAUGUGCGAAAGUCGCGCCGAAAGAGUAAAGAUUCGCCCCAGAAACCCGAUCUCAUUCAAGAAGAAAUGCAGUCGCCGCCUCCGAGUCCGAACUUCACGCUUCAACUGUCACCCACUGUCCGAACACCUGACGUCAUCUACCGAAAAGACGUCAUCGAAAAGGAGAGAGACGUGAACCAGAAGUUGGUGCAAGAAAUGGUGAUGAAUAAAAUGAAAGCCGAGAAUAAAAGUUUGGAGAGGAAACGACGUCGAAGUCGACAGUUUGAGUUGUCUAGGUCGGCUACGACUGACGUCGUGUCUGAAAUUAACCACAACUUGGACGAUUCGAAUCGAAAUUCAACGUAUUCCAGUGGUUCCAGCGUGUAUGCUACCCCUGAUGUUCUUUUGUCGACUUUGAAGUCACCCGAGAGUGACCAGUUUGUUACGCCACUGUCGCGACCUGUCAGUUUCCAUGUGACUCAAACGGAACGUUUGACCAAUGAGGAGCCGAUUAAGGAGAAUCCUAGCCUACCUGAUGUGAGGCAAGAGUUGUUCUCUGAGGAGUUUAUAACUCCAGUGGCGCCUCCUAGACUUAAACAUGAAGAAGCGAAGCGGACAGCCGAGAAACUAAAGCAGGAGGCUCGCGUAAGGGCUCGAUUGUUGUCAAACGAAGAGUUAGGUUUGAGCCCUGAAGAUAAACUACUAAAGUUGAAGGAAAAAUUGAGUAAGAAAGAAGAUGUCCCCAAGGUGGCUAAAAUUGAGUCGUUUUUGCACUCCACUGAGGCUUUGAAUAAGCGAGAGGGUUUGUUUACGAGGUCGAAGAGUGGGGAGGAUACCGUGAUGUCGGUUGGAGACUUAAGUAAGAGUAUUAAGAGCGUGGAGAAGAUUUGUAAGUCGGAUCCGAAUCUCCUGGACAUGGAUUCCAAAAAGGGGAAGAAGAAGAACAAAGAUAAAGAGAGGAGGAAAAGUAUUACUAAGCUGUUUACGACGUUCUUCUCGAAGAAGAGUCCCCCGGGCAACGGUAGAGGGUUCUUGUCUAGGAUUUCGCCUAAAGCCAAAGACGUUUCAAAGUCGUGUGCGAAUCUGGACCUGAGAGAUCCUGACGUGGUGAUUGAAGAGCCGGUCCGACGAAACAGCUUCUCGGAGGUGAGGCAACGGCCUAUGAUCGACAAUAGCUCGCCGCCUCCGGUGCCGCCAUUACCGCUCAAUUACACAGGACACUCGAUCAAAGGCACUGAUGACAGUUCUGAUGGAGAGCACGACUGGAAGCGGCACGACCGGAGCUCAUGCGAUACUCUGGACAAGUCCGGGACUCUCGACUCGGUCUCAAGUCUCUCGAACAACCGAAUGAGUAAAAGUGCUCGGAAAUUGGCUCGCCAGGCUCAGUUAAAACGACAUCGUAUGGCGCAAGAAAUACAACGAAAACUCGAAGAGACGGAAGUGAAGACGCGCGAAUUGGAAGAAAGGGGGGUUUUAGUGGAGAAGGCACUCAGAGGCGAAGUCGAGGGUCGCUAUCCCAAAGAAGAAUCCGAGUUGUUGCAAGAGUGGUUCGAUUUGAUGAGAGAUAGGACUGAGCUGAGGCGGUACGAGAGGGAGUUGAUGGUUCGGGCGCAGGAAUUGGAACUGGAGGACCGGCAUGCUAGGUUGCAGCACGAGUUGAGAGAACGACUAGAAAAUGAGGAACAAAAAACGCAGGAGGAAGUCGAAAUCGAGGGCAGUAUCAUCAACGAAAUGAUGGAGAUCGUAGCGAAGAGAGACUCUUUGAUCGCUCUGUUAGAGGAAGACCGCUUAAGGUAUUCUAACGAAGAUCGGGAUUUCGAAGAACAGAUGCUCGCUAAAGGUUUGAGAUUAACUCCGAUUAGGAAAACGCCCGAAAAGUAAUCGCUUCAUAACAAAUUGUUCUCUAGCAAAUUAUGUUUUCCAUAUUAACAUCACUUUUGAUUCGUUUAGGGCAAUUUUAUUAACUAGGAGGAUAGGCAGGGUAAACAUACGAGUUUGGUUUGAUACGUGCAAUUUUUUUUAUUUCGUAUUUCUUCGUUUAUUCUGACUAUACCUAUAGACUCUUAACACUAUAAUUAUUAUAUUUUUCGAAUUUUGUUUAUUUCUAUUAACGUCCAUUUCUGCUAAUUCACGUUAACUAGUCUUUUGUUAUGAUUUAGUGAUACAUUUGUUAGCAUUAAGUUUACAAUAUUUAAAACAUGAAUUGUGAUUGUGAAUUGUAUUUUUUGAUAAGGAAUUGUAAAGUACUGUACAAAGGAAUAUUAUUUUGUGAAUGCAUUAUAAGUGUUGUCUUUGUGUGAAUAAAUGCUUUUAUACAUCAUA